CCCAGCUUCAACUCAACCCCCCAGAGCUCGCCAAACAGACUUUCUUGAUCGCCAUGUUAUGAUCUUGAUACUUAAUCUAGACGCUCCAAGUCGCCGAAUAUACGAGGGUGGUUUCUCACAAACCACUUCUUUGCGCCCUCAAAUCACACCGCUGUCAUGAUCGCUCCUAUCGCCUGGGCCGUCGUCGCCCUGGGCGCAUUAACGCCCCUCGUCACAGCGAAUCCAGAAGAUGGUCUUCCCUCAUAUCACUACGGCGCUCCCAUUCCCGUAGAAUGCAUGAACCGUAACUCAGAAACUGGCGAGCAUGUCGAAAACGAAAAGCACGAAAUCGAAUGGAAACCUUUCCCCGUCUGCAACGAAACCGGCCGCCCUCUUGAAUUCAACUACGGAACAGAAGGCGAAGUAAACUGCACGAUAGCCAUGAUCGACGAUCCUUUCUUCCACCUCCUCGAAUUCUACAUCCACUCCGAUGCGCCUCUAUCAUGUCGUAUUCCUGCGCGUCCAGCGGCCGAAGUCGAAGUCGUUGGCGAGAAGGUCCCCGAGCGCGAAUACGUCCCCGUAGUUUUCGCACUCGCGGGCACAUUACAGCUUAGCCAUAUACAUAUCAGCACGCAUAUGAAUGUGUUGCUGCAUAGUACGCCGAAGCAUCAUACUCAUGCUCAUGACAGUGGUGUUUUGGAUUCAGCGAUUGCGUAUAGUACUAGUCCUCUGCACCAUCUGCAGGGCUCGCAUACACGAAAAUUGGUCAUUGGCGAUCCAUUGCCGCUGAGCCUAUCUGUGCGAUGGUUUCCAACACCGGCACUGCCCAAGACAGAAGGAAAGGUAGAAUGGCAGGGCCUAGGCGGUCAUAUUUACGCGAGCACUGUGUUCUACAGUCUCGUGUCCUUUGGCGCUGGUGUGUUGUGUGCUACUAUGUACACUCUUGGUGUGAUUCUGCCCAGAAGACUCAAGGGACGAGCUCUCGGGGGUGCGACACCUUUGGGAUAUGGAGUGAACACCAUGGGCAAUGGAUGGGGAUACUCGAAGCAGAAUAAGAGAAUGGACUGAGAUUCUGGUUUUAUGUACAGUGCAUUUAUGGAGUCAGGGAUGGAUAUGGGAUUCUUGCAAUGUAGAACAGUAAUGUGAAAAGCCGGAGGCAACAGUCCACACCGACUACCUGCCAUACAAGUGCCGUUUUGUGACUGUGUUCUCUACUGUGUCUUGGGCUUGAUAUCAGUGCUCACACGGCGCAACAGUCGUGUGUACAUAUCAAUAGCCAUAGCACCAGCUUGAUCUCAUUAGUAAACAUUCAACAAACGGAUGGGGACUUACGAAUAAGCGCAUAAGGAAAAUACGUCCCCCAGACCAAGUUCCUCUUAUGCUCCUCGCUCACCAACUCAGGCCCCAUCUCCAACAGCUCAGCAACACAUGCAACGGAGCUCAUAGCAGUCAAGCAACCAUACGCCAGACCAGCGAGUUCAACAGGUCCAGAUGAAGGCUUCUUAGCAGCGAGGUUCCGCACGAUGUAAAUAGCCAGAGGGAAUUGAACAAAGAUCUCAAUGAAGAACAUGCUGCGGAACCAGGCACCAUGGAACUUGUCCCCGAAGAAGGGGUCCCCUGAAAAGGAGAGGUAUUGUUCUUUGACGUUGGCUAGAAAGUGGAGAGGGGCAUUGGGUGCAGAAUAGAUCGACUCAGGGUAGAACUCAGUGAAUUCGAGACCUGGGGAUUGUCAGUGAGA